AUACAUCCACUCGGGGAGGUGACGCUUGGCUGUGAUUCUGGUUCCAGAAUCGGGAUGAACAUCGAGGUUGGGAACGUUUCCUAUACAGGAGCCAUCAUCUCCUGGUCGUCCUCGGAGCCCUGCCUGGAGGACUAUUACCAUGUUAUGUACAGGCCCAACUGGAACAGCAUCUUCUCUGGCUAUCUUCGCUACAGCUUCCAUCACGAGGAGAAGGUGCCUCGAACCAUCAGCUCGGUGGUACUGGAACACCUCGCGCCCUCCACGCUCUACUUCCUGUGCAUCACCUGUAAGAAGGCCGCCUUCCCUUACAGGCACUACUGCACCAUGUUCCACACCCUGGAUAAGAGUCCACUGGCCCCUGGUAGUACCCUGCUGGACCCUCAAAUCUCUCUCUGGGUGCUGAUGGCCAUUCUGCUUGCUUGCUUCACCGCCGUCUUGGCCUUCAUCUGCCUCCAGUUCUGGUGUAUCCGCUGCCAUGAGCCUCGAUGGUCUUACAGAGCUGGCCACAUGGAGGAAGCCAAUGGGUUGGUGAGAUGGCCGGAAGAAGCCCCAGCUCUGGGUCAGGGGGAGGAUGACCUUCAGGGACUUCCCCUGGUGGAGCUGCCCCGCAAGAACUCUGGUGCUGCAGCUGAGCCAGAAGCUGAUGCUCAUCAAGAUGGCCCUGAGGAGGCGGGAGCCUUCCCGGAGGAGGGUGCCAAUCGACCUGCAGUGCUGCCCCGCUGUGCGGAGUGA